UGAAGACAAUUGGUUCCCUUAAAUCACUCCAUCUCUGUCGGUAACCAAAACAUUGUCACAGUCACUCUAACUCCCAUGGCUUCGUUUCUCUCUGGUUCUGUUCCUCUACGGUACCUCGUCCUCCUUGUUUUUUCCGCUUCCAUCUUGCAAACUCAAGCCCUCUCUACCGAUCAAACCGUCAAAACCUUCAUCUUCCGUAUCGAUUCUCAAUCCAAACCUUCCAUCUUCCCCACUCACUACCACUGGUAUAGUUCCGAGUUCGCUACUCCGCUCCAAAUACUCCACACAUACGAAAUCGUUUUCCAUGGCUUCUCCGCCACUCUUUCUCAGCAACAAGCCGCCUCUCUCAGUGACCAUCCCGCUGUCCUCGCUGUCUUUGAAGACAAGCGACGCCAACUCCACACUACCCGCUCGCCUCAGUUCCUCGGACUCCGUAACCAACGCGGACUCUGGUCUGACUCCAACUACGGAUCAGACGUCAUCAUUGGCGUGUUCGAUACUGGUAUCUGGCCAGAACGACGUAGUUUUUCGGAUUUGAACAUUGGGCCUAUUCCUUCGAAAUGGAAAGGAGUUUGCCAAACUGGAGUCAAAUUUAGUCAACAUAACUGUAAUAAGAAAAUAAUCGGCGCCAGAUUUUUCUCUAAAGGUCACGAAGCGGCUGCGAGAUUCCCUGGUCCGAUAAGCGGAUCAUUUAAUAACACGGUUGAGUUCAUGUCUCCGCGUGACGCGGAUGGCCACGGCACCCACACCGCUUCAACUGCUGCCGGCCGUUACUCUUUCCGUGCUAGCAUGGCAGGCUAUGCUUCCGGAAUCGCUAAAGGCGUAGCGCCGAAAUCCAGACUGGCGGUUUACAAGGUUUGCUGGAAGAAUUCCGGAUGUUUCGAUUCCGAUAUCCUCGCCGCCUUUGACGCUGCUGUCAACGAUGGAGUUGACGUUAUAUCAAUAUCAAUAGGAGGCGGUGACGGAAUUUUAUCGCCUUAUUAUCUCGAUCCGAUUGCUAUCGGUUCGUACGGUGCCGUUUCGAGAGGUGUGUUCGUUUCGUCAUCGGCCGGCAACGAUGGUCCUAAUGAAAUGUCAGUGACUAAUCUUGCUCCAUGGAUCGCCACCGUCGGAGCCGGCACAAUUGAUCGUAACUUCCCGGCAGAAGUGACUCUCGGUGACGGUCGAAGACUCUCUGGAGUUUCACUGUACGCCGGUGCGCCAUUAAGAGGUAAAAUGUUUCCGUUGGUUUAUCCUGGUAAAUCAGGGGUUUUAUCUCUGUGCAUGGAAAAUUCGUUGGAUCCUAGUUUGGUGAAGGGUAAAAUCGUAAUAUGUGACAGAGGAAGCAGUCCAAGAGUGGCUAAAGGUUUAGUCGUGAAGAAAGCAGGAGGUGUGGGCAUGAUUUUGGUGAAUGGAAUUUCCAACGGUGAAGGUUUAGUCGGUGAUGCUCAUCUAUUGCCAGCUUGUGCUCUUGGUUCUGAUGAAGGAGACGUUGUCAAAGCCUAUGUUUCAUCCGGUGCUAAUCCAACGGCCACCCUUGAUUUCAAAGGUACUAUCCUUGGAAUCAAACCGGCUCCGGUGGUGGCUUCCUUUUCGGGCAGGGGACCCAAUGGGUUAAACCCUGCGAUUCUUAAGCCGGAUUUUAUUGCUCCUGGGGUAAACAUUCUUGCUGCGUGGACUGACGCUGUUGGUCCAACUGGAUUGAACUCUGAUACGAGGAAAACAGAAUUCAAUAUUUUGUCUGGAACUUCAAUGGCAUGUCCACAUGUAAGUGGCGCUGCGGCCUUGCUUAAAUCUGCUCACCCGGAUUGGAGUCCAGCAAUGAUAAGGUCCGCAAUGAUGACUACUGCAAGUAUAAUUGAUAAUAGGAAUCAAACCAUGACUGAUGAGUCCAGCGGAAAAGCUUCAACACCCUAUGAUUUUGGUGCCGGUCAUGUUCAUCUUGAUCGAGCAAUGGACCCGGGAUUGGUUUAUGAUAUAACUAAUGAUGAUUAUGUCAACUUCUUGUGUGGGAUGGGUUACAAUCCAAAGAUAAUUCAGGUGAUCACAAGAUCAUCAGUUAAGUGUCCAGUGAGAAAGCCAUUGCCUGAAAAUCUUAACUACCCUUCAAUUGUGGCAUUAUUCUCAACAGCUUCCAAAGGGGUUUCCAGGAAGACGUUUAUCAGGACUCUGACCAAUGUGGGUCAAACGGAUGCUGUUUACAGAGUGAAUAUUGAGAAUCCAGGGAAGGGGGUUGAAGUGAGCGUGAAACCAGCUUCAUUGGCAUUCAGAGCUGCUGUCAAGAAGAGAAGCUUCUUGGUGACAGUAACGGUGGAUAGCAAUAACUUGGUGGUGGGUGAUUCCGGUGCUCUGUUUGGGUCAAUUUCUUGGUUAGAUGGGAAACAUAGUGUGAGGAGUCCCCUUGUGGUCACUCAAUUGGAACCAUUGUAAACUUGAUACCGGAGUUUUAACAUCUGCUCUUGAUCGAUGAUUCAGGUGAAAAGAUAACAGAUAUUUAGUGGUAGCAUUCGGUAAGCAUACGAGGUAAUCUAUUAUGUGUUAUGUAUUUUCAUCUACUGCAGGAUCAUAGGAUUAGGGAGGGGCAUAAACUGGUUUUUGAGAGUGAAGUUUUAGUGUGUAAUUUGCCCUUUUUUUUCUUAUGUAAAAUCCCUUUUAAGUUAUGUUGUAUUGUAUGUAUAAACUGAACAAGUUUAUAUGGUCCAAAAUUAAAAAAAAAAAUUAUUUAUGCUA